AUGCCCUCUCGUAUAUCCGUCGAGCUGUCUCCGUCGUCCGAGACAAGCUCAGUCUCCGCUCUGGCUUCGCCUACUUCUACUACUGUCCACCCUACGCUUGUCACGAAUCAAAAGGCGAUCGUUCGCCCAUCGAUAUCGACCUCCCCACCUGGAGGUGGCAUGGAUGAUGCCACCAUGGGUCGUCCCCACGCCUCUCCCUCCUCAACUGCCUCGUCCUUUUCUUCCUCUGCCUCGCCUUCGUCCUCCCCUUCAUCCUCUACGUUUUCCCUCCCUUCUACAGCCAUCUCCAUGUCCAGCAGCGACAAUAACUAUAGCAGUAGUAUCCUUCGCAGUAAGGGCAAGGGCAGAGUACCAAGGGAUGAGAACGACAACAACCUUGAGGACGAGGGAGUGCACAGGGACAGAGCGUUAGCCGACAUCAGCACAGUGUCUCCAACCAAUCACAGCGCCACAUUGUCGUCGGGUCGUACAACCCACUCGGCGGAUAUCCUUCUUCCCACGAGCGACUCCCUCAGUCAUGGUCUGGACACACCCUUUUAUUAUUCUCACCAAAACCAACAACAACCACAUUCACUUCCAUCCGCUGCACCCCUGCAACCACACUCACAUUCGCACUCCCACCUACACUCCCAGGAACAGGAGGACCAACCACCAUCCUACUCUGGAAAGGGUGUCAUCUACAACCACAACACCACCGACAACCACAGCCACGACUCGGACGAAACUGACUCUGAGGACAACCCUUCCACCCUCACAUCCAACAACAAGGGCAAAGGCUCGUCCAGCAGCAGCGGCAAGGGCGAGAGCGCUAUUACUGACGACAGCAUUGACCAGGAGCGCCCCAGGACACUCGCUAGUCACGGUCGAUAUGCUACCGACAGCGGUGUUACUUUGGACAAGACAGCAUUCUACACCACCGCCAAUACGCCGUCUCUAUCCUCGCUGUCAUCUGUCGAAGAAGAGGAAGAUGAGGAUUACCCCAGAACGGCAGUUAUCACCAACGGUACUUCCUCUUCCUCCAGCAAGGCGCGACCAGUAACCAUCCCUGCCAAGUCGGGUAGGUCCGCCUCUGGUUAUACCUCCGGAUCUGAGGUUGGCAGCGGGUCAUCCUCACAACCCCAUGCUGCCUCUUCCUACACCCACCAUUCCUACAUGGUCGCAGGUGGCUCGGGAUCCGGUUCCGGUUCUGGCUCUGGUUCAGGUUCUGGUUCCAGUUCUGGCUCCAAGCCCGCUCUUCAGCGCGCAGCAACUGGACCUGCGACGUUCUUGACAUCGAUUUCGUCGUCCGCAGCAGUCCCUCCGGUCCCCACAGAGAAGGAUCUUACCGAGUACCAAGACUUGAGCAAGUUUAGCUACGACAAUAUCCCUGACGAUUUUGAUUUCGGUGACGUCCCCUUCUACGACACCGACCCCCGUACAGGAACCAUCUAUGGCGACCCUCACGCCUACACUCGUCCCCAUCUUGUCCCCGAGGCUUUCUUUGACCUCUACCGCUUCACCCAUGACGAGGAGGAUCCACGUAGGACCAACAUUUUCAACAAGCACGGUGCGCUCUUGUACUAUCACCCUGGACGACAUAUUGGACAGGAGCAAGACUCGUUGAGGAUGCAUCAUAGUAACAACCCCAUCUGGGUCCUCGCUGGACGCACAUCGACCUGGGGCACUCUGACGGCGACGGAUAUGGCCUCCAAGCGGCAGCUCAAGGUUGUCCAGGAAUAUGUCUCUACCAAGAAACGGACCGCCAAUUCGAACGAGCCCCUGACGCGGUUCUUGUUCCGGUGGAAGGAUGAGGACUUUGUGGUCGAGUACCGUAAACACAAGGACCAGUACCGCGUCACGACCUCGCAGAUGUGUGGAGGAGAGUCCAAGUGGAGGCCGCCUCAGCUCCGACCUGCACAGACUAUGUUCCAUGGUAUGGGUAUGGAGGUCGGAAACCCUGUUGUUCCCUCGACCCUUGCCACGCCUUCUCCCUAUGAUCCCAACCGGUACCUCCAGCUGAUCUCCGAGUACAAGCUCAAUUCGGGACCGGUCCUGAAGCGGGGCGACUUUGAGUUGUAUAACCCAGACACCUUCCCACUCGAGUUCCGAACUUUCUUGAUGACGCUGUCGAUUGCUGUCCUCGAUAUCAUGCGGCCCGUCAACGACAAGCAGUACUACGCCACCUUCCCCCAGGCUGCCAACAAGAAAUCUAAAGUCGCCGCCACGGGCGGACUCCAUGCGACCAAGAUCUCGGGCGCCAAGCAGCAGAUCGUCCAGGCCACCUUCAAGAGCACUAUUGAAACCUCAGGUUCUGGUAACGCUUCUGCGGUUUCUUUGCACGGAAACGGUAGCAGUGGUCGGACCAGCUUUAGCUCUGGGAGUAGGGAUGCUGCACCAGGAGGAGUGUCGGCGCCGCCUUUGGUCUUGGCUUCUGCGCCCGCAACGCCUGCCGUGUCUAGACAAACGACGGUCGCGCCUGAGAAGCCUGUCUCGGCACCCGCUGCCAAGACUGCCACCCCUGCGCCGGUCAAGAAGUUUAAGUGGGGCAGUUUCUUUAAGAAGUGA